AUGACGUCACGACGUCCCAGGUGUGGCGGUGGGUUGGACGUCAGUGAAUGGGGAGUCAUGGAAGAAAGAGGGUGUCCCAGUGUUGUCAAGUUAACUCUAAGGUCAAGGUCACGAAACGAUCACAGCAACCUUCCUCCGGGUCCGAAGCCACGCCGGUUUACCGGGAACCUACGGGAUUUAAAACUUGAGAAAGUACCCCUGGAACUGGAAGAGCUCGGGCGUCCUUACGGCGGUAUUUUUACGUUUUACGUGUUUUCACACCCUGUUGUCGUUCUCCAUUCCUACAAACUCAUCAAGGAGAUGCUGGAGUCGUCCGAAUACAGCACAGCGUUCAGUGGAAGAAUAAAAUGUUACGCAGGGAUUAACCUGGUCCCAGACGACAUCGUGUUCCAGUCCAAUACGGAGAGAUGGCAGCUACUGCGGAAGAUAGCGCAUCGUGGGAUCAAGCAGUACGGGACGUCCCUGCUGAACGUGGAGCGACAUGCACAGGAAGAGUUGCGUCGAGUUGUGGCGCGACUCAGAGACUCCGGAUGCCGACCCUACGACUGUCUGGCGGACAUACAUAAUUAUGUCUGUAAUGUGAUACUCAUAUUGGCUGUAGGCAGACGUUUCGAUCCAGGAGAAGACAUUUUGGAAUACGUCAAUAACAUCGUUGACGGCUUCAAUUACAUCACCCACUUCAAACGCUCCUCCAUCCUGGACACGAUGCCGUGGACGGCCUGGAUUCCCUCCGAGACUGGUAGAACGUGCAGGGACAUCAAGACAAACAGAGACAAACUCAUUACAGCGAUCGAACAGAUGAAAGAGCGUCAGGGCGAGGCUAUGCCAGACUGUCUGUACACGAUGUUGCUGCGGGAGCGCGACGCGGGAAAGAUAUCUAGGAACGCCGUCAAGGGGGUUCUGCUGGACGGGCUGGUGGCAGGUGUGUUGACAACGCGGGGGACGCUGUACACCAUGCUCUUAACACUGGUUCAUAACCCGGAUGUACAGAAGAAGAUUCAAGAGGAAAUAUCGCAAGUUAUCGGAACAACGCGCUUGGCGAGACUGCAGGAUCGGACCAACAUGCCGUAUACGAGAGCGGCCAUCUUGGAAUCUCUCCGCUUCACGCCUCCUGUGGCCCUCCCUCCAAUGAGAACAUGCAUCCAGGACACUCGCCUGCACGGCUUUCACAUACCUAGGAAGACAAUGGUGUGGUACAAUAUCUGGUUCGUGCAUCAUGACCCUUCCUUCUGGAACGAACCGUACAAAUACAUCCCGGAACGAUUCCUGGACGAGCACGGUCAACUCGUGCCCCCAGAGGACCAAAGGAGACAGAGGCUGCUGACAUUCGGGAUCGGCAAGCGUCAGUGUGUUGGUGAAAUCUUGGCCCGGGUCCGUCUCUUUCUGGGCGUGGUCACUAUACUACAGCACUUCCACCUGGAGGCUGACCACGCCCACCCACUCCCCUCGCCUGACCCUAGAGACAUUGGCUUCACCGCCUUCUACAACACGCCCCAGUAUAAGAUCAGGUUCAAACCUCGCGAUAACAACACACCAGGAUACUGACAGAAAUAAUAGGAAAACAAAUUACAAAAUAAAAAUAACUUCCAAUUUUCUGCCGUCAUGUUGCACGAACUAUAUAGGAAGGGAUUGCUCGGUGACGGUUUACAGUUAAUCUAGACUUCACCUCACCUUCAAAAAGCUUUGUGCGCAAGAGAGCCAUGCAACCCUGGAUUGAACAGGGAAUCCUGCGUUAUUACUGCGCCAUCAUUGCCAGAAAUAUUACAAAGGUUACAGAACGAGUUGACCCUAAAAGCCGCAAUCUGAACCAGGUGUACUGCCGAGCUACUGGACAAGGCUCUGUUCCAAAUAUUCUGGUGGUACAGCAUCAAUCAUUGGCGUAGUCAGUUAGUAAUCCCGUGAUGAUCCAGGUCUCCCGAAACCCACGCUUGCCGUAAA